AUGUCGGCCCCACCAGGCGAUGGCUACGGCCAGUACCCUCAACAAUAUGGUGGUCAGCCUGAGCAGCCGCAAGAACCAUCUUCACCCCAUGCGGCACAUCACCAUGAAGGCGACCACAAGAAGAAGAAAAGAGGGUAUGCAGCCCAGGCCUUUGAUUUCGGCACUGGUGCCAACGUAGCAGCCGGCGCGGGCCCUGCGCCCAUUGCUGCUCAGUACGGAAUUCCCCAACCCCAAGCUCCUGGCUACGGGGGGUAUCCUCAGCCAGAUGCUCAAGCUGCUGCUGCAGGGUAUCCUGCGCCCUACGGUGCGCAGCAACCUGGUGCUCCAGUCGGUGGCUAUCAGGCACCGGAGCCGUACUAUCCCGGCCCCGGCGCUCCUAUCCCGAGCCCUGGCGGUGUUCCUGGGAUAGGGGGUAUUACGGCAGGAAUGGCGCAGAUGCAUAUGGGCCCCGGCGCUCAGCAACAUAUGCCUCAAGCUCAACAAGCCUUGACUCUCAAUCAGCUAUACCCAGUCGAUCUGCUAGGCCAGCCUUUCAAUGCUGCCGAGUUGGAAUACCCUCCUCCGCCGAUCAUUCUUCCACCCAACACCAGCGCCACGAACUCUCCUACCGCCAACUGCCCUCCCAAGUAUGUUCGCUCGACGUUGAACGCGAUUCCGACCACCAACAGCCUUCUUAAGAAGUCAAAGCUCCCUUUCGCGCUCGUCAUCCAGCCCUAUGGCGCCCUUCACGAUAUCGACGACCCCAUUCCGGUUGUGCAGGACCAAGUUAUCUCUCGAUGUCGGCGCUGCCGAUCCUAUAUCAACCCCUACGUCACUUUCUUGGAUAACGGUCACCGGUGGAGGUGCAAUAUGUGUAACCUAACCAACGAUGUUCCCCAAGCCUUCGAUUGGGAUGCUGCGUCUCAGCGGAGUGUAGAUCGGUGGGAACGGCCCGAGCUCAACCACGCCGUGGUGGAAUUCGUCGCCCCCCAGGAGUACAUGGUUCGGCCGCCGCAGCCCCUCGUUUACCUCUUCUUGUUCGACGUCAGCUACGCAGCUGUGUCCUCGGGUCUAUUAGCCACCUGCGCUCGCACAAUCCUUGAUAGCCUGGACCGGAUACCUAACGCCGAUCGACGUACGAGACUCGGCUUCAUAGCCGUUGAUACCAGUCUCCAUUACUUCUCCGUCCCCAAGGACGAGGACAGCAACUCUGAGACCAGCAUGCUCGUUGUUAGCGACCUCGACGAACCAUUCCUGCCUGUUCCUCAUGACCUGCUCGUACCUUUGACCGAGAGCCGCCAAAGUAUCGAAAACUUCCUGACAAAGCUUCCCGAGAUGUUCCAAAACAACCAGGCCAACGGGUCGUGUAUGGGAUCGGCGCUCCGAGCCGGCCAUAAGCUAAUCUCCUCGAUGGGUGGAAAGCUCGUGGUCCUCAGCGCAUCGCUACCAACCCUCGGCGUCGGCAAGCUAGACAUGCGCGAGGACAAGAAGCUACUCGGAACGUCUAAGGAAGGAAGCCUCUUACAGUCGGCUAACAGCUUCUACAAGAGUUUCGCCGUAGAGUGCUCCAAGAGCCAGGUUUCGAUUGACAUGUUCCUCUUCUCGUCCAAUUACCAAGAUGUUGCCUCUCUUAGCAACUUGCCCAGGUACACUGGAGGUCAGACUUGGUUCUACCCUGGCUGGAAUGCCGGCCGCCCGGAGGACGCUAUCAAGUUUGCCAGCGAGUUUAGCGACUACCUAUCCUCGGAGAUCGGUCUCGAGGCUGUGCUGAGGGUUCGUGCUACGACCGGGCUUAGGAUGAAUACGUUCUACGGCAACUUCUUCAACAGGAGCUCGGAUUUGUGCGCCUUCCCGGCUUUCCCCCGAGACCAGUGCUACGUCGUCGAGGUGGCCAUUGACGAAACUGUCACUAAGAAUGUCGCCUGUUUCCAAACCGCCGUCCUCCAUACUACAUGCAAUGGUGAGCGCCGCAUUCGCGUUCUAACCCUCGCGCUGCCUACGACCCAGAACCUUAGCGACAUGUAUGCCUCAGCGGAUCAGUGCGCGAUCGCCACGUACUUCAGCCACAAGGCUGUUGAGAGAGCCCUCAGCAGCGGCUUGGAUUCCGCUAGGGACGGACUCCAAUCCAAGAUUACUGAGCUUCUUCAAACUUUCCGGAAGGAGCUUGCGGGUGGCAGCAUGGGCGGCGGCCUCCAGUUCCCUGCGAACCUUCGUGGACUUCCCCUGCUCUUCCUCGGAUUGAUGAAGAAUCUUGGCUUGCGCAAAUCGGCGCAGAUCCCCUCUGACCUCCGAUCUGCCGCCCUAUGCCUGCUCUCCACGCUGCCGGUUCCCCUGUUGAUACAGUACAUCUACCCUCACCUCUACUCUCUCCACGACAUGCCCGACAAUGCUGGCAUGCCCGAUCCGGAGACGAGCCAAAUCGUGCUACCGCCGCCCUUGAACCUAUCUUCGGAGCGCUUGGUCUCGUAUGGAUUGUACCUCAUCGACGACGGCCAGACGCAGUUCCUCUGGGUCGGACGCGACGCCGUUCCCCAGCUCCUAGCCGACGUGUUCGGCGUGGAAGAUAGGACGCAGCUCCGCGUAGGCAAGGGUUCGCUUCCCGAGCUAGAAAACGAUUUCAACGAACGCGUCCGUGCCGUGAUCCAGAAGAGCCGAGAUCACCGGGCCAAGGGAGUUGGAAGCAUCAUCGUGCCGCACCUAUACAUUGUCCGCGAGGAUGGAGAGCCGAGUCUGAAGCUUUGGGCGCAAACCCUGCUGGUUGAGGAUCGUGCGGAUCAGGGAUUGAGUGCAGCUCAGUGGCUCGGUGUUCUAAGAGAGAAGGUUGUUCAGUAA